AGAGACGGAGAGAGGGGGAGGGAGAGGAAGAGGCCGACACUUUGCAUCGCUUCCAUUGGCGGCGUUGCCAAAGUCGUGAGCUCGGGGCUGCCACGCAAGACCGGUAGAGAUGGGGGAGGAGGAGAAGAAGCCACAGGAGGGGAAGAAGGAAGAGAAGCCAAAGGAGAAGGAGGAGAAGAGGGAGGAGGCGAAGGCGGAGGAGGGGAAGAAGGGCGGCGGCGGAGGAGGAGGAGGGAACGGGGAGAAGGAGGGCGGCGGGCAGGAGGAGAAGAAGGGAGAGGAGACUCCUCCGCCUUCGCCGCCGGAGGAAAUCGUGAUGCGUGUCUACAUGCACUGCGAGGGCUGCUCCCGGAAAGUGAAACGCUGCUUGCAAGGGUUCGAAGGGGUGGAAGAGGUGAAGACGGACUGCCGGAGCCACAAGGUGGUGGUGAAGGGGAAGAAGGCGGCGGAGGAUCCGCUGAAGGUGGUGGAAAGAAUCCAGAAGAAGACGGGCCGGAAGGUGGAGCUUCUCACUCCCCUGCCGCCACCCAAGCCGGAGAAGAAAGAGGAGGAGAAGAAGGAAGAAGAGAAGCCCAAGCCAGAGGAAAAAAAGGAGGAGCCACCAGUGAUAGCAGUGGUGCUCAAGGUCCACAUGCAUUGUGAGGCCUGCUCCCAAGAGAUUAAGAAAAGGAUCCUAAAGAUGAAAGGGGUGCAGGCGGCGGAGCCGGAUCUGAAGGCGUCGCAGGUGACGGUGACCGGGGUGCUCGACCCGCCCAAGCUGGUGGAGUACGUCUACAAGCGGACGGGGAAGCACGCGGCGGUGGUGAAGCAGGAGCCGGUGGAGAAGAAGCCGGACGAGGAGAAGAAGGCCGCUGACGGUAAGGACGGCAGCAAGGACGAGAAGAAGGCCGACGCCGGCGGCGAGAAGGCCGAGGGGGAGAAGAAGGACGAGAAGGAGGGAGGCGGAGAGGAGAAGGAGAAGGAGGCAGGCGGCGGAGCGGGGGACCACGCGGCCGCUGGUGGCGCCGCCAAGAUGGUGGAUUUGAUGAAGAACGAGUUCUACUACUACUAUCCGAGAUAUGGCGUGGGAUACGCGUAUCCCCCUCAGAUCUUUAGCGACGAGAACCCUAACGCCUGUACUGUGAUGUAAAAAUGGAGAAAGUGGGGGACGGGGGUGAGAACAAAUAUUUAUUUCUUUGCGGUAUCCACCUUGGCAAAACAUAUAAUUAGAAAUAAGUAUCUCCUCUUGGUGGAGGGUGUUAACUUUUUUUUUGCCCUUUUUGCCGUUUCUCCCAUCUUGUGUAAAAGUAAUCUGCUUUUUUUUGUUUUUUGUUUUUUUUGGUUGCAUCUUUUCAUCUUCGUCCUCGUUUUUUAUGUGUAAAAUAUGUUUAGGGAAUUGUGGAAUUUUGGAUGUAUCCUUUCUUUUCAGCGAUAUGUAAUAUAUGUUUUAAUUUUUCCUGAUUA